UUAUUGUGUAACAACAGACCACAACAGUAUUAAACGAAUUUAGUCAUAGUGAGUCGAGGGACGUUCGUUCACCUCAGUCAUUCGCAAAUCACAUCACGCAUACACACUACACACACAAGCGUGCGCAACAUGAUUCCUUCUUCAGUUCUACCCCGUGUAUAUUACGUGUGUGUGUGUGUGUUCAUAAUACGAGACAUGUCGUUACAGGUUUCCGACAAGACCUUGGUCUGCAUGACUCAUCCUCUUUUAACUUGGUCCAGUGCUCCAGAGCAACCCGGCAAUACAUCGUCAUACAUUAUUGAGCCGCGGCCGGAUAACGUUAAUAAACGUACAACUUAUUAAAAACUCUACCUCGAAGUCUAAGAUUUUUAAUUAACACAAUUGAAACACCGAUAUAGUAAUUACGUUCACCCGUCACCCAGAUACUGCACCUAUAUGAUCAUACGGAUAUUAAUAGAAUUCAAUUUAAACAUGGCACACAUUUCAACUGGAUUGAUAAGUUCAUUAAUAGUUUUCAUACUGAUAAUGCAAGAAAAUGUUUCUAGAAGAAUACCAGAAGAUGCUAUUAAUACGAAUAAUGAUUUUGAAUGUCUUACAGACAAUGACUGUUUUGAAAAAAAUAGUUAUUGUGAUAUUAGUUUAAAUUUAUGCUCUCAAUGUAUGAAUUGUAGCAUAUAUUUUAGAACAUCUAAAAAAAGUAUCAAGUGUCCAAAAGAUAUAUCAGACUGCAGUUCUUGUUUUGAUGGUUAUUUUGAAGAAAUAUUUUUUGGAGGAGAAAUUCAUGAUUUAUGCGUACCAAAUGUGUCAAUAACCUCUAACAUUUUAUUACCAACACCAGAAAAAAUUAGUUCAAAUUCAUAUUGGCAAGAUAUUGGAAUUUUUUUUUUAAUAAUAAAUAUAUUUUUAAUUUUAUUAGUGUGGACCUAUUUUUAUAAAAAAGUUUGGAAUACAAAUUCAAAUGGCAUGUCUAAUUCUAUACAAGAUAACAUGGAGAAUCUACCACCAACUUAUGAAAGUUGCAUGAAAUUGAAUAACUAUGUUACAGAUGACGUCCAAGAAUUUCAUUUGUUUACUGGUGAACAGCCACCAAGAAACGAAUGGAGACACCAGAAUGCAGUACCAUUUCGUUUAACUGAUGAUUCACUAGAGAAUAUUAAUUGUAUGGAUGAAACUGAAAAUCUUGAAGAAGUAGAUGGAGCUGUUGCUAUGAGGGAAAUUGAAGAACCAGAAUUACAUGAUGAGGAAACAAUGCCAAGUGUCUGGUCCCCCCCACCACCACCACCACUACCUUCAAUAUCAGAGAUAAGGCAUGUAGAGAAUAAUAAUAAUGAUGAACAACCUUGUCAACCUCCAUUGAAACGCAUACGACUUGUUCAACAAUCUACUGAUGAUAAAAGUUAUCAAGAUGAAGAUAAUGCUUCAGACAUGUCUCAAGAUGAAUAAUAAUAAGUUAACUAUUAGAUGUAGGUACGAGAUUAAAUCUGAAAACUAGUUUAUAAGUUUUAAGUAUGUUUUACAUUUUCUCAUUAGGUAUUAAAUUUUAGUAUUUAAUCAUAAGCAUGUAUUUCUUAGUUUAUUUACUUAGUGCUUAUAUUUUUUUACGUAACUAUUUUAAAUGUUAAUAUUGUAAAUUAUUACCAAUUAUUUAAAUAUAAUUUUUCAAAUAAGACUUGUACUACUUGAGAAGUCUGAUUACAUGAU